CUUUUUGUUGACGUAGAAAUCCAGGUACUGUUGACACGUGAUUCGUUAUUUAUCAGCUUGUGUAACACAAUAGCAUCAGAACAGAGAAGCAAGCAAGCACGUCAGGUGAGCAGAUCUGUUAAGGCAACCACGCAAUUACAUAUACAGAAAUUCAUAGGAAACACAUUCUUUGACAUAUUACAAGAACAAGAGAAAACAAAAAUUGUUAAAGGCUAUUUCUGACACAUCGAAGAAAGCUCGAUCCUCUAGGUUACUUAUUUUCUUGCAUGUAAGUUUCCUUCAAGGAAUGUAUGCCAUGAUGGCAACUCAAAGGUUUCCCUCCAGUUUUCUUCUAACUGGAUUGAUGGCAUUUCUUCUACUGAUGAUUUCGAAUGUGACAUUUGCUGAUACUACUGUUGCCACGAGACAGAGUCUCCCAGAUGUAUCUAAGAUACUAAAUGCUAAAGUUUCAUUUCUUGAAAAAUCUAUUGGAGAAACAAUCAGUGGAAAUGAUUUUUCAGCACGUUUAGAGGAAAAUCCAUUGCGAGAACUGAAUGCAUUGAAGGAAAUGCUGGAAAACUCUCGAUGCAAAGAUACGAACAUCAUCCAGGUGAAACUGAAUAAAGUCAACGCUAUCUGCAUGUUGCCAGAAGAAUUUUGUAAUCAAAGAAAUCUCUCCCCGAAUUCCAUUGGAGAUUUAAAUGAUGUUGAUGAGAAGCUUCUUCCAUAUUUAGUUUGUUUCAUUGAACCUUCAACACGUGAUGACACACGUUUGCUGAAAAGGAUAUCGCAUGCUGACAAACAAAAAACCAAAGCAAUCCUACUGAAAGUCAACAACGAAGUACCAAGUGAAACAAGUGAAAGGAUAAAGAGUUUUCUCAAAAUGUUACCCCAAAACAUCAUUUUAAAUUCUGAUGUCUUGGUUAAAAGACAAAAUUCAGAUAGAACUGUGGCUCCUUCAGAUAUUGUUGUUACAAGACGAGUUUCAAAUAGGUCCUUUAGAACUCCGGCUCCCUCAAAUCCUCAGUUUGCAACACGAAUUCCAGGUAGGCCCUUGAGAACUAUAACGCCAAUGAAUAAACGAAGAACUCGAAAGCCAAAAAAGGAUUCCAAGAAGAAAUUAAAAUGGGAAUUGUUAAUGAAAUUUUUGAAUGGCAAUAAUGUAACAGCAUUGCCUGAUCUAUCCAUCUUCAAUGAAGUGCCUUUCCAGCGACUCUUGAAAAUACCACGCAUAAAAUUAUGCAGUUUACUACCAAACCUUCCAGCUUUGAAUUUAACCCCUGUAAAAAAAAUUAUUAUUUACAAGAAAUGCCAAGAAGAACUACAGGAAAUUGCAUCUACAGUUCCCAAGAGACUUGGCAAACUGCUUUCUUUAUUGAAACCAAAGGACAUUAUCACCUUAAAGAUUAAUCGGUUACAGGAUUUGGCAGUUGCAGUGUGUCAGUUUGAGAGUUUAGUGAAUACUAAAAUGGAAAGGUUACUUGCUAAAAUGGUCCUCCCUGUUAGAGCGUUUAGAAGAGAAGAAAACCAAACCAAAUUCUUAAAGGAAGCAUCCUGCCUUCUAAAAUAUAUCAAACCUAGUGAUCUGAGACAAAUUAAAUUGUCUAGUGAAAACAAGAAAUUUUUCUGUAAAUUGAUUGGUACUAGUCAUUUAAAUAAACUUCCUGAAGGAGAAGCUAGGAAUUUGACAAAAUAUUGCAUGAAGGAAGUUUUACGAAACCAAAUGGAAUUGUCAGAGCUUGGCAAUCUUCUGAAUUAUGUCAUACUUCGUGACAUUCGUAGUGUAACCAAAAGCCAGCUGUUAUCUUGGGCUUCUGUUCUACAGCAUUUUUUGGAUACUGAUGAAGAAGUACAAUACACUGGAAUGAAACUCAAGGAAAUGUAUAAGAAUAGACUUUCAGAUAUGACAGCAGAUCAUCUGGAAAAAGUUGGUGUUUUUGUUGGAUCAUGGGACCCGAAAGAUAGGAGAAAAAUUCCAAGUGAAAGUUGGGCUCAGUCUUUGCAGUCAUUUGUAUCAACCUGCCAGAAAAUGGAUAUUGAAAACAACAACAACUUCAAAUUUUGUUAUGAUAUCAUACCCCUCGUGCUUAAAGCUCAAGACAGGACACAGUUUAGAAGCAAUGAUGCAUUCAAUCGAAUAAAGCGAGACAUUCAUACUCAGAAACCAGCUCCGUUAACCUGUAGAAAUAUAACUGAAAUGACAUCACUUGUUAAAACCCUUACAGUUGAACAAAUUAUGUCUAUAUCCAAAGAAGAAUUUGUAAAAUGCAUACAGGUGUUUGGAUCGGUUACUAAUUAUACAUCUGAACAACAUCGGAGUUUGAUGGCUCUUGUAAACAUGACAUUUGGUCCUGCAAAGAACUGGUCGGCAGAAAACAUAACAGAACUUGGUACACUCCUUGCAGUAUUACCUUUAAAUCAGAUUAAAUCUAUGAAUUUUUCUGAUGUAAACAUAAUUGAAAACUUAGGAAAGUUUCCUGGCUUCAAGCAACAACAACUAACUCAGCUGUUUGGAAAUUGGUUGAACACUACUAAGUUAGGAAAUAUUUUAAAUAUAAACCUAACUGAUAUUAAAAUGGUUGGAAGUCUGUUGUGUGGGAUUGGCAAAGCUGAUCUGGAAAAACUCAGUCCUCAAGUCGUCAUGAAUGCAAUUGAAGACAUUGCUAAGCUAGAUUCCUGUAAUAUUUCUGAACAACGAAUGCUGCUUGAUAAAGUUAUUGCUUCUAUGCAAAAAAUAGAACCACAGUGGUCACCAGAACUUCUAAUAGCACUUGGCCCUCUGAUUCGUUUAUUGAAUGAAACUACAUUAGGAAAUCUUACUCUGUCACAUCUACAGAAUGUGAGCUCUGAGUUGAUUUCUCAAAUACCUGCCGUACAGGCUGCUGUAGUUAAAGAGAUAAUAAUUCCUCAAUUGAACAGCUUAGUCAAUGUGUCAGAGGUGAAGAUGCUGGUAACUAUAUUGUGUGAGACUAAAAAUGUAACUAGCCUGAAAUCUUUAACGGGUGCUAUUCAGAAUUUGACACAGAAUGAUUUAACAUGUACCCCCAAAGAUCGGGAUAUGUUCUUGAAAAAGCUUCUGAAUUCUUCAUCUGCAAGUGUUACAGACAUUUUCAGACAAAUAAUUAAGAAUGUCAGUUCCUUUAUAGUAAGACCUCGUAAUAGCAGCUUGGCAAAGUUUACACAAGAACAAAUCUCUAAUGCCAUUGAUGUUGUUAUGCAGAAAAUUCCAGCUGUGCAUCUGGAUUCCCUUUUUAACAAAUGGCUCAAAGAUCAGAAGAUGAUUACUAGGGACUCAAUACCUCUGGAUCAGGAAAUGCUUGCAUUCCUUGCCUGUGGACUUGGUUUUGAUCCUGAAAGAAUUAAUGAAAUUAAUGGAGAUUUUAUCUUGAAAGCAUUGAAUUCUGAGCAAAUUACUUUCUCAUGUACAGCAGAUAACCAGAAACAGUGGUUGAUGAAAAACUUUAAGUUUGCAACUGAUAUGCUUCAAUCACUGGCAAAAAGCAAUGGUAUCGAAAUUGAUUCUAUAAUGGGAUUAGUAAAGAAAAUAGAAUUUCCAAGUGGAACAAGUCUACUAGAUUUGGAGAAGGAAUUGAUGGAAAAUGUGAAUCUUUUCCAAACCAGUCCAGAGGUGAAAAAAUUAAUGAUGGAUGUAAUAAAUGCUACUCAAACAUAUCUUGGAAAUGCAUCAGUGGUUGCAGCUGCAUCAACCCUAUGUCACUUAAAUGUUACUGACAUUACAAAGAUUGAUGAAACCCUACUGAAGAAAUUUUUCGCAGGUCGAUACAAACCAUGUUCCCCAAGUGAAGAAAAAGCUUGGCUAACAGCAAUAUUAAAUUCUACUAUGCAUAAAUUCGUAGAACUGACUGCUGACCAGUUACAAACCUUAAUGACAAACCUAGAAUCAUUACUGAAACCCAACAAGGCUUUAUCUAACAUAAUUGGAAUGGUAUCAAAUAGUACAACUUCACAGAUUAAUGCACUGCUGAAGAUGUUAUUAAACACUAUGAAGAAUGACAGUCGCUCACCAGAAUUAAUGGCUCUUAUGGAAAUUUCAUCAUGUUUAGAAAAGCUUGAUGAAAGUCGCCUGAAAACACUCAGUGCAAUUGGAAGGAUGAAACAUGUGACUGACAACUGUAUCAAACCCCUUAACGGUUUAGAAAAAAUCAUGAAUUCUACUUCCAUAAAAAUUGCCGAUAUGGCCAUCAAUUACUUACACUCCAUGAAAACUAUGUUUGGGCAAUUCAAUGUUUCAGAACUGUUAAAAACAUGGAAAUUAUAUGAGACUAUUUCCAGCCUUCCUCUUGCAAAUGCCAGUGCUAUCAAUGCCACUCUUGAGAAAUGGCUAAAAGAAUUGAAGUUAUCAGACAUUUCUAUAAAUACAUCUGCCAAACAUAUACUACUGAGUUUUCUUGCCUGUAACCUUGAAAUUGAUAUUACCAAUAUCAGAAUAAUGCCAGAAAGCAUCAAAAAAGCUGUUGAAAGAUUUGUAACCGGUGAACCAUGUUCCCUAGAAAAACAGACAAGUUGGUUGAGUAGAAAUUCCAAUAUAGUCAGUAGAGUGGUGAAUAAUUUAGCAGGCAUUUUGAAAAACAUGACCAAUUUUGAAGGAAGAGAUAAACCUGACAUAGAAGAUAAGCAGGAUGGUGGUAGUGGCGAUGAUGAUAAAAAUGUGGGAGACACUGAUGAUAGUAAGGAUACAACUGACAAUAAGGAUGAUGGUAGUGGCGAUGAUAGUAAAAAUGAUACUAAAAGUGACAGUAAGGAUGAUAGCAGUGUUGAUGACGGUAAAAAUAAUGGUAGUAAUACUAAUGUGGUUGAAGAAGAAAAAAGGGAUAAUAAAACAGAAGUCAAGGAUGUUGGUGGUGAUGAUGGUAUGCAAGGAGAUCAACCGAAAAAUGAUGACAAAACAAAUGAUGUAGGAGAUGCUGAUGACAAAACAAAUGAUGUAGAUGCUGAUGACAAACCCAAUCCAAUGAUUUCUGGAGGUGGAAGCAGCAAAGAAAGACUUAUUGUCAAAGCUGAUUUUCCAUUUUCUGAUGCAAGUCUGAGAAAAGAACCAGAUAUAGAAUUUAUGAGAACGUUCUGGAUUUUUAGAAGAUCUCCAGCAUCACAGAAAGAAACUAUACUUUUUCAUAAGGCCACAAAAAAAGCCAUUAAUUUUCUGUUGGAAAAUGAUAUAAUUCUGAAUGAGUAUCUAACCAAAGAUAAAGCUCGUGUACUAAAAUUGGCUGCCAAAGUGAACAAGAGAAGUGCAUUUUUGAAAAAAACUAAAAUAGAUGAAGAAUUUUUGUCUACCGUCAGUUCUGUUGAUUCUGAAUCAGAGGCCCAGACCAUACUGGCAGGAGCAAUGAAAAACAUUGGGAAUAAGAAUAAAAAAGAAUUCAUCAAAUCAAUACCAACACCAUUGCUUGAACAGUCAGGAUUGCUGGUUGUUACUGAAAUGUUUAAUGAUGACACCAAACCGGACUUAAUCAAGCUCUUCAAACCAAAGGCUGAACCAGAGACAGUCACAAGAACAGCAAAGAAAGCAGAAAAAAAGAAAAUGCCUUUAGCAAAAUUGGCGCUUGUAGAAAAGAUAAUGGAAGAUAAUCCUGAUGACGACACAAUGAUCUUGGUCCUCCGUUCGUCCCUCCUCACUGCAAUACCAGUAACACAGUUUGAUGGCAUAUCAAAAGAUAAUUUGUGUAACAAAGACAUUGCACUAGGAGAUUUAAAUGCGGCUCAGACUAUGGUAUUCAGUAAAAAGUGUUCCCCAAUGAUAAAAGAGGUUCUCAAGACAGAUCCAAGUAAACUGGGUAUUCUCACAACAAAAGUGACAGAAGAUAUGCUUAAGGAGUUGACUGCAGACAAAACGUCUGAAGUGGUUCAAGAAGCAUGUAAAUAUGAACGUGAUCUUAAUAUUGAUGUGGCAAAAUUAUUAUUUUCUGUCUUAAAAGAGAAGGGAGUGAACGUAAUCAAAGACAGUGAUAAAGCUAGCUGCACAAUAAAAUAUGCUAUAAAGGAAAUCAAGAACAUUAAUGUGGAAUCUGAGUUAGAAAUUGCUGAAAGUGUGUGCAAAAAUCUUGGAAAUAGCAUGAAUGAAAAAAUGUCUAAAGAAUCUGGAAAAAUGUUCAAAGACCUAUGUUUUAAGUUAGUAGUGGAUAAAAAAUUAAGUUUUGAAGAAUUUGGAAAUUUAAUUAAUUUCCUUGAUGUGUCCGAUAUUUCAAAAUUAGAUGAUGAACAACUUUUAGAAGCAGCACAGAUUUUGUCACUAAUUGUACAAGACAAACUUGUUUUCCAAGAAAUCAGCAACAGACUUAAAAAGAUCGACAGGCUCAGCAAUCCUGCCACUCUGACUGGAGAUAAUAUCGCUCUAAUCAGCAUCUUUAUUGGAGGUCGGGACGACAUUGAUAAGAUACCAAAGGCGAACCUUGAUUCAGCUUCCUUGCUACUGGCUGAAGCUAUGAAAACACAGAUGAUGCUGAAGAAAAACUGCGAAGCAGAAACAGGUGAUGAACCUGCAUGUUCACAACUAGAUCUAUAUUUGAAAAAGGUUGUUCAAGUUCUGGUGGCUAAGCAAUCAACACGUCGCAGGAAACGGUCAACCACAGCAUGUGACUGUGAACUACCCUCUCAACUGGGCAGUGCAGCGGAAAUGAUAAGCCCUGAAUCUUUGAAAGAAAUGCUUUGCAAUGAAAAUUUUCAGACUUGUAUGGAAAGACUCGGUGUGGUAAAAUCCUGGUCCACAAAUCAUCAAGCUGUUUUUGCAGAUAAAGCUAAAACCAUCCUAGGUUCACCCAUAUCUACAAAAUGGUCUGAAUCCACUUUGAAAUCUGUGGUUCCUGCAAUACCAGGUCUAUCAGUUGAUGAAAUUAGCAGCUUAGAUCUCAAUACAUUGGAUCUUGCUUUUAGUUUAGGCAAUCAAAUCACCUGGCAGUCUGAUAAGUUGAAAGCAACGUUUGAUGUGCUUUAUAAAAAGUUACUGAACUCCAGCAGCAGUUAUAUCACCAGCCUUGAACUACAAACAUUUCGUAAUCUGCUUUGUGGCAUGAACACUAAUAUUAUUCAAUCAAUAAAAUCUGAUGAAUAUUCAACUGCAGCUCGAGAACUUGGAAACAUUGACUGUUUUACGAAUGCGCAGCACAAACUUUGGGUCAAAAAGGCCAAAGAUGUAUACCAAGAUGUUGACAAGUGGUCAGAUUCAAUAAUUGCAAGCAUGGGAGCUGUGAUUAGUGGUUUAUCAGCCGAAGAUUUACAGAAGCUAACAUCAACACAAAUCACUGCAAUACUUCCAGACACAAUACCAAAGAUUGCCGCUGAAUCUCUGAAGAACUUUCAUCCACACCAGUUCCGCUAUCUGACAACAUCCCAAGUUCAGAAAAUAACUGCAGCACAAAAAUCUGAAUUAAACAGUGAACAAACAGAUAUCAUUAACGAAAAAUUAAAAGACAUUAAUAACAUACUGGAUAAAAACAAUAGUGAUGGAUCUCGCAGCAAUGUGAACGUCGCAGUUAUGAUCUUCAGUAUCCUGUUGCUCAUUCUAUAUUAAACAACAUGAAAACUAUAUUUUUGAACAGCAUUUUAAUAAUUAUUUUUAAUAAUAUUGUAUACGUUUUCAGUUCAAAUCUUUCCAAGGUCAACUUUACCCCUUAUGUGUCAAUAAAAUGAAGUAUCAGUUAAGUACAGUCCUCUCCUCUUUCUUGGCCUUGGCCAGGUUACAAACUUAUUUACACAAUUCUUUUAAUAAAUAUUUAAUUUCCUGACUAGUGUAUACAUAGCACAUCAACUGAAAACACUCCUAGAAAUCAAAUUGCUAUUAUUCAAAAGCAGGUUCUUGAACACUGCAAGUUUCAAAUUCCUAUGUAUUAGGACAGGACACUCAUUUUUAUAAUUUAUCCUACAUUAAUAUUUAAAACUUCACAUAAAAAAAAAGUUUAAUCAAUUUAAAAUAAGCACCUUUUUAAAAUUACUUUUUCAUUUACUAAUUUUAAUUACUCUAUGUACACUCUACACACAGCUGAAUUCAGAGAUCCCUCAUAUACCACUAUGGAAUUAAAUUCCAACUGAAGAUAACUUUUUUUUUAAUUAUGUCUUAUUUUGCAUUAGUCAUAAAUAAAACACUAAAUUCAGCUUUUCUGUAAUUUGAUAUCACACUGAAAUAAAGUAUUUUCAGAUCAAA